AUGGUGGACGCGAAUUAUACAUUUAUUGUUGUUGACAUUGGUUCCUUCGGAAAAGAAGGCGAUAGUGGUAUUUUCUUAAAGUCAAAUAUGGGACAGAAAAUUUUAAAUGGGACAUUUGGAUUUCCAGAACAAUGUCAACUUCCGGGAUCAGAUAAGGUAGCACCSCAUGUAAUUGUAGGUGAUGAGGCUUUUCGCUUACAUAAACAUAUUUUGAAACCAUAUACGAGAAAAUCUGCCAGAGAAAAUCCUUCAAAAACUGUGUUUAAUUACAGACUUAGUCGUGCUCGAAGAGUUACCGAAAACGCUUUCGGUUUGCUAAGUCAAAUUUUUAGAAUUUUUAUCAGCCAAUCAACUUAG